CUCCCUCCUCCCACUCCCACCCCCACCCGACUGCGACUCAUCCUCCAGGGCGGGGAGAGGUGGCUUUUGAGUCCUCCGGUAUCCCAGCAGGCAGUGCAGCCCGGAGACGCUGACAAAGGAGCAGAGGAACCUUCGCAGCUGCUUUCCGAAGAUCCGAUGUUCUGGAGAUUGCCAAAAUGUUUUGGAGUUUUUAACUGAACCUAAGAAAAGUCCAAAAUAGAUUGGAGACUAUAAAAACAGAAGCGGCGGUGCGAGGGAUCCAGUGCCAAUGCAUCAACCAAAAAGACAGCCAGAGUUAGUGGAAGGAAAUCUUCCUGUUUUUGUGUUUCCCACGGAGCUCAUAUUUUAUGCAGAUGAUCAGUCAACACAUAAGCAAGUGUUGACUCUGUAUAAUCCCUAUGAAUUUGCCUUGAAGUUCAAAGUUUUGUGUACUACUCCAAAUAAGUAUGUUGUCGUUGACGCUGCAGGUGCGGUAAAGCCUCAGUGUUGUGUGGAUAUUGUGAUUCGUCAUAGAGAUGUUCGAUCCUGUCACUAUGGUGUGAUUGACAAAUUCCGUCUCCAAGUUUCCGAGCAAAGCCAGAGGAAGGCUUUAGGAAGGAAAGAGGUUGUUGCCACGCUUCUCCCGUCUGCAAAAGAACAGCAGAAGGAAGAAGAGGAAAAAAGAAUAAAGGAACAUUUAGCUGAAAGUUUAUUUUUUGAGCAGUCAUUUCAACCAGGUCUUAUCACAAUGGCUAUACUAAGAACAUGAGCACAGAUUUCAACUGACUUCUGAAGUAAAUUUAUCUUAUAUAUGAAUGUGGACUGCCUUUCUCUAUUUCACUCCAUUAACAUGCUACAAACUAUUGAAUGAUUUCAAAUAAUUGUAAAUGUAUAAUAUAUAUUUUAAAUUACCCUAUAAUUUUA